AUGGCUCCAUCUGUCGGCAUGUGGCUGUUUGUGUACCUGUCGCUGCUGUUUUCAGAUGCUAAAAGUGUCGGGCAGCGCAACAGUCCCGAUAAACCCUCCUCUCAUGUUAAACUCGAGCCCCUUUGGACAAGCAAGCCCAAGACCUGGGAUGCCUCCGAUCAGAGCCUGCCCCUCCCUGAGAUGCUGGAUCUGGACCAGGAUCAGCACCGCCGCGUGGCCCGUGGCGCCGAUGAGGACGAGCAACAGUCCACCUUCAGCCAGUCCUUCGAGAACGACUCAGUGACGACGCCGCAAGCCACCGAGUUCAACAACUCAACGACAGUAACAGUAGGGGUUGGCGGUCAUGAUGAGAGUGAUGACAUCAGUCACCAUGGAAACACCUCCAGCAACGACCAAGAAACCCCGGGACUCUUCAACCCGUUCUACCCGCUGGCGGAGAGCUCGUACUCGGCCUAUGCCAUCCUGUUUCUGGCGGGUCUGGUGCUGGCGGUGGGCGUGGUGGGAAACAUGGCGGUCAUGUGUAUCGUCUGGAACAACUACUACAUGAGGUCGGCCUGGAACUACCUGCUGGCCAGCAUGGCAUUCUGGGAUUUCCUGGUUCUAGUGCUCUGCCUACCGGUGGUGGUCCUCAACCAGCUCUCCCAUAGGAGGAUCCUGGGUGACAUCACCUGCCGCAUGGUGCCUUAUAUGGAGGUCGUCUCUCUGGGCAUCACCUCCUUCACUCUGUGUGCUCUGGGCAUCGAUCGUUUCCACGCCGCCACCAGCUCGUCCCAGCCGAAGGCGCGGCGGGUGGAGCGCUGCCGCACGGUGCUGCUGAAGCUGCUGCUGGUGUGGCUGGCCGCUCUGCUGCUGUCCAGCCCUGAGAUCUUCCUGUGGCAGCUCAGCCGGGCCGUGUCCCCCUCCAACGGCCGGCUGAUCGACUCCUGCACCAUCACCCCCUCUUCUCCACUGUCCUUCUACCUGCCUGACUCCCUCCACUCUCUGCUGAUCAGGUAUCACCAGGGUCGUAUGUGGUGGAGUUUCGGCUGCUACUUCUGCCUCCCCAUCCUCUUCACCAUCCUCUGCCAACUGGCCACUCGCAACGUCAACAGCGACUCCACCUCUACCCAAAAGCAGCGUAACCACGACGACCGCUCCUCCAAUCAGAAGCGCCAGCAGCACCAGGCGGUGGAGCGGCAGCUGAACUGCACACUGUUGGCGUUAGCUGUGGUGUACGGCAUCUGCGCCCUGCCUGAACACAUCUGCAACAUCACGCUGGCCUACACCGACUUCACCAUCUCAGAGGACACGGCGGCCAUGCUGGCACUGUUGCAUCACUUCCUGUUGUUUUUCAAGGCAUCGGUUACACCGGUGCUGCUGCUGUGUCUGUGUAAGGCUCUCGGUCAGGCCUUCAUGGACUGCUGCUGCUGCUGCUGUCAGGAGUGUCAGCCAACCACGACUCAAGGCUCGCCAGGCUCCGCCCAGGUCAAACUGAAGGCAGCCAAUGAGACAUCCAUCUUCUUCGACAAGGCUAAAGACACGUCAGCCAUCUUGUCCAUCUCCAGCUAGAGCCAUGUUUCCCUCUUUUAUCCAUCAUUUCAUCCACAUAUCAGUGCUUUCCCAACAAUUCUUC